AGCCUGCUCCCUUUUUUGCUAAACAGGCUUUGAGCUAAGAAAUUCCUGCUACCUUAUUAAUUUCAUCCUUGAUGCCACACUGGGGAUGCUGCUGAUCUGGCUUGGUGUGAAGGUUGUCUCCUGGAUCGUUCAGCAUAAGAAGUACACGUACCUGGUCUUUGGAGAAUAUGGUGACCCUCCACAAGCUGCUGCCUGGAUUGGCCAGUGUGCCCUCUACUUGCUGAUUAUGGUGUUUGAGAAGGCUGUGAUUAGCCUUGUCCUGCUUAUCCCUGGUUGGACAAAGCUUCAGCAGGUCCUCCUGGGUUACAUCCCAAACCCUCAGCUGGAGCUCAUCCUGGUCAUGCUCAUUGUGCCUUUUAUAGUCAAUGCCAUUAUGUUCUGGGUUGUGGACAGCUUGAUCAUGAAGAAAUAUAAGCAGAAGGACACCAUAGAUAUCAAUGGAUCCAUAGAAACUCCUCAUGCUAGGAGGACUGAGGAAUCUCAGGUAAGACCAAAGUGUUUGAGACCCAACUGCAAGCCUGUUUUACUCUCUCUAGACAUGGAUUUUGAUCAGUCUGAAAGUGACCAGGAUGUUUCAGUACUGCAGGGAACGAACCAGAAGAUGAAGCAGCCCAGCUAUCAAGUGGUCAUCUGA